CAACUAUGAAGCAAGAGCUGAUAGUUUAUUCUGAGGCCACCUUAUCUUGUUUGAAGACGUUUCUCACCAGCGUCACGGGGAGCUCUGGGAACUCUUCCCUUUCUCUGGACUGUGGACAUGGGUGGCAAACAGUCCACAGUGGGCGACGUCUCCGUAACUCAGACACCUGUGACAGAAAGCAUUCAGGAUGCUUACAAAGCUGGAGACACCAGUAAGGCCCAAGAGUUGAUUAAGUUAUCAUGUGAGGAGACUGCACUGCAAGUAGAAAAGUGUCAGCUUCUAGGUAUUGCAGCAGCAUAUGGAGAUCUGCAGGCAGUGAGAUAUCUACUCAAGGAAGCAUUAGUGGUGUUGCCAACAGAACCUAAUGAUGACAAUGCAGCCGUGGUGGCUGCGUAUUUUGGACAUAAGGAUGUUGUGAAAGAGCUGCUGGAUUCCUUGCAUGGUCCUAGCACUUGCCAACAGCUCCUGAACUGGAUGCUGGCCAUAGCCUGCCAGCAGGGACACUUGGACAUAGUAAAACUCCUGAUUCGUGGGUACAGUGCUGACCCAGAGAGCUGUGCAGUCAGGAGGAAUGAGUUCCCAGUUCUCAUACGGUUGCCCCUGUAUGCUGCUAUAAAGGCAGGGAAUGAAGACGUGGCCGUGUUUUUGUUACGGAAUGGAGCUUUCUUUUGUUCCUACAUCCUGAUGGACAGUCCUGAAUCCAGCAAACACCUUCUGAGGAAGUAUUUCAUCGAGACGAGCCCACUGCCAGGUAGUGCUCCAGCCAAAACAGCUUUGUGUGUGAACUGGUCCAACCUCAAACUGCCCUGGGUGGAUCUGGACUGGCUGAUCGAUAUCUCCUGUCAGAUAACUGAGCUCGACCUCUCUGCCAACUGCCUGGUCUCCCUUCCAUCCGUGAUCCCAUGGGGGCUGAUCAACCUCAGGAAGCUCAGCCUGGCUGACAACCAGCUGGCAGACCUGCCCAGCGUGCAGUGCUCGGAUGAAAUUAUCUGUACAAGAUUACUUGAGGUCGACGUAUCCAGCAACAGGCUCUCUACUCUCCCCUCUGGAUUCCUACAUCUUAAAAACCUUAAAAAACUCAUUGCUUCCAAAAACUACAUGGAGAAGUUAUUUGACGAGGAAAGCACAACUAAUUGGAUUGGUUUAAGGAAGCUGCAGGAGUUUGAUGUCUCUGACAACAGGUUGGUGGAACUUCCAACGGUUUUUCUGUACUGCUUCAAGUCCCUAAACAUACUGAAUGUUUCCAGAAAUCAGCUGAAAGUGUUUCCAGAUCCCUGGGCCUGCCCCUUGAAAUGUUGUAAAGCAUCUAGAAACUCACUGGAAUUCCUCCCUGAUGCAUUGACUAUUUUCUGGAAAAAUCAUCUCAGAGAAGUGGAUUUUUCUGAGAACUCACUAAAAGAAGUUCCACCGGGGCUCUUCCAGCUUGAAGCUUUGGUGUCCCUGAAGCUGCUGGGAAAUCAGUUAGUUACGUUGCCUUCACAAGAUAAGUGGAAUUGCAAACAACUUAAAUCACUGGAUCUUUCAAAAAACCAACUUGGGAAGAGCGACGAGGGAUUUAAAACCAAGCGGAUCCCCUUUUUCACCACGAAGAACAGGGUGCGUUGUGGCCCGGAGGCAGGUCCUUUUUUGGAGUUUCCAGCGUUUCUGAGUGAUUCUCUGGAAGUCCUUUAUCUGAACGACAAUCAGCUGGACUCUGUCCCGCCAUCCGUUUGCCUUCUGAAAGGUUUAACAGAACUUUAUUUAGGAAAUAACCCUGGUAUCCGAGAGCUUCCUCCAGAACUUGGACAGCUGGCUAAUCUCUGGCAGCUGGAUAUCGAGGAACUAAACAUCACUAAUGUUCCUGCAGAGAUCAGAAAAGAGGGCCCUAAAACAGUGCUGGCAUAUUUACGAGCGCAGCUGCGCAAAGCAGAGAAGUGUAAGCUGAUGAAGAUGAUCAUCAUCGGUCCCCCACGCCAGGGCAAGUCCACCCUGGUGGAGAUCCUGCAGACAGGAAAGGUCCCUCAGAUGAUGCACAGCGAUGCCACCAUACGUACUACGAAAUGGGAGCUCCCCAAGCCCGUGGGACACAAGGCAAAGGUUGAUUCAGUGGAGUUCAAUGUCUGGGAUAUCGGAGGCCCAGCAAGCAUGUCUACAGUCAAUCAGUGUUUCUUCACAGACAAAGCAUUGUACAUAGUGGUAUGGAACUUGGCACUGGGGGAAGAAGCUGUGGCAAACUUACAGUUCUGGUUGCUGAACAUCGAGGCCAAAGCUCCAAAUUCAGUGGUGUUGGUGGUGGGAACACACCUUGAUUUAAUAGAAACGAAAUUCCGCGUUGAGAGGAUAGCAACUCUGAGGGCAUAUGUCUUGGCUCUCUGUCGGUCUCCCUCUGGAUCCAGAGCAACUGGCUUCCCAGAUAUCACAUUCAAGCACCUGCAUGAGCUCUCCUGUAAGACUCUGGAAGGCCUCGAUGGACUCCGCCAGCUGAUUUUUCAUGUCACUUGCAACAUGAAGGACGUCGGCAGCUCAAUUUGCUCACAGAAACUUGCAGGGAGAUUGAUACCAAGAAGUUACCUUAGUCUUCAAGAAGCUGUCCUUGCAGAGCAGCAUAGAAGAAGUCAGAAUGAUGAUGUACAGUAUUUAACAGACAGACAAAUAGAACUGAUGAUUGAGCAAACGCCUGGAAAUGAUAUCAAAGACUAUGAAGACUUGCAAACUGCGAUUAAUUUUCUCAUAGAAACGGGUACACUACUGCACUUCCCAGACACAAGCCAUGGCCUGAGAAACCUCUACUUCCUUGACCCUGUCUGGCUCUCAGAAUGUCUACAGAGGAUUUUCAACAUCAAGAGCUCCAAGUCUGUAGCUAAGAAUGGAGUCAUCAGAGCAGAGGAUCUCAGGAUGCUGCUGGUUGGGACAGGCUUCACUGAGCAAACUGAAGAGCAGUACUUCCAGUUCUUAGCCAAGUUUGAAAUUGCACUGCCUGUGGCCAAUAACAGCUACCUCCUCCCUCAUCUGCUUCCUACCAAGCCAGCUUUAGAUAUCCAUGGACUCUGCCACCAGACCUCAAACAUGGUCCAAAGGGUCUUCAAGAUGAGCUUUGUCCCAGUUGGCUUUUGGCAGAGAUUCAUAGCCCGAAUGUUAAUUAGCCUGGCAGAGAUGGACCUCCAGCUUUUUGAAAACAAGAAGAACACCAAGACGAGAAACAAAAAGGUGACCAUCUACAGCUUCACAGGCACCCAAAGGAACCGCUGCAGCACGUUCCGAGUCAAAAGGACUCACACUGUUUACUGGCAGGAAGGUCUGUUCGUUACCUUUGAUGGAGGCUAUCUUAGUGUGGAGUCUUCUGAUGUGAACUGGAAAAAGAAAAAAAGUGGUGGAAUUAAAAUCAUUUGCCAGUCAGAAGUGAGAGACUUUUCAGCAAUGGCGUUCAUCACAGAUCAUGUCAACUCUUUGAUAGACCAGUGGUUUCCUGCCCUGACAGCCACGGAGAGCGACGGCACGUUGCUGAUGGAGCAGUAUGUGCCCUGCCACAUCUGUGCAGCCUCCAGGGCGGAGGGGAACGCCUGUGGUGAGAAGGCAGAGGACGUGCAGUACUUCAACAUGGAGGACUGUGUCCUCACUGCCAUUGAACUGGACUACAUCACCUGUCCUAACCACCCUGACAUCCCCGUUUCUCUCCAAGAGCUGGUCCCAGAGCUUUUCAUGACUGAUUUUCCUGCCAGACUGUUCCUGGAAAAUAGCAAACUGGAAUGGAGUGAAAAUGAAAACAACGUUCUUGGCCAGGGUGGAAGUGGGACCGUUAUAUAUCGGGCACGAUACCAAGGAAAACCAGUGGCUGUGAAGAGAUUUCAGAUUAAAAAAUGCAUGGGUUCUCCCACUUCAGCUGCAGAUACCAUGCUGAAGCACCUGAGAGCCAUGGAUGCCAUGAAGAACUUCUCGGAGUUCCGGCAGGAGGCCAGCAUGCUCCACUCCCUGCAGCACCCCUGCAUCGUCUCCCUCAUUGGCAUCAGCAUCCACCCCCUCUGCUUUGCCCUCGAGCUGGCCCCUCUGGGCAGCCUCACCACUGUCUUGUCUGAAAACUCCAAAGGGUCUUCCUUUGUGCCGCUGGGACACAUGCUGACACACAAAAUAGCCUAUCAGAUAGUCACGGGCCUGGCCUACCUGCACAAGAAGAACAUCAUCUUCUGUGACCUGAAGUCAGACAACAUCCUGGUGUGGUCCCUGGAUGUCAAGGAGCACGUCAACAUCAAGCUCUCCGACUACGGCAUCUCCCGGCAGUCCUUCCACGAAGGGGCGCUGGGGGUGGAGGGCACCCCGGGCUACCAGGCCCCCGAGAUCCGCCCCCGCAUCGUCUACGAUGAGAAGGUUGACAUGUUCUCAUAUGGGAUGGUCCUGUACGAGCUGCUGUCUGGUCAGAGGCCUGUGCUGGGACAGCACCAGCUCCAGAUUGCCAAGAAGCUGUCUAAAGGGAUCCGUCCUGUCCUUGGGCAGCCAGAAGAGGUGCAGCUGUAUAGGAUGCAGGCACUCAUGAUGGAGUGUUGGGACACUAAGCCAGAAAAGCGUCCACUGGCCAAUUCUGUGGUAGGACAGAUGAAAGAUCCUACCUUUGCAACGUUCAUGUACCUGCUGUCCUGUGGGAAACAGUCUUCCUUCUUCUGCUCCCAAGGACAGGAGUACACAGUGGUGUUCUGGGAUGGGAAGGAAGACACCAGAAACUACACGGUGGUGAAUCCAGAGAAAGGAGUCAUAGAAGUGGAGAGGAUGAGCUGCCCAGGAAUGAAGCUGUGCUGCCAACUAAAAUUUCAGAAUGCCCUCUGGGCUGCCACCGAGGACCAGAAGAUUUCUGUGUAUGGUUUGCAGGGCAUGUGUCCUCUAAAGACUCCACAGAAGGGUUUAGACACUCCUGCUACUGUGAGCUGCUUUCUAGUAAUGCCUGUUGUCAAAAAG